CUGCAAGCUCGAAAAACGCGUUUCUUUAACUUUCAUGUGCUCCUGCCUAUAAUUUUAACAUAUCUCGUGUCUCUCUCUCUCUCUCGUUCCCUGUGUGUUCCUAAUCCAAUCAGCAGAAAUGUUUAAUUCCAGAAACCGUCCUAAAGGCCAGGGACAACCGUUCUCACUAAAGAGUGACUCUGUUCCCAAAGACGCGAAAGACAGUUUAAGUCAAAUGUUUGACCGGAACACACCAACUAGUACUAGUACUCGCUCAUCGAGUCGAAUACAACAACGACGAGAAAGCUUAGAAAAGGCAGACACGUCAAACAAAUCGUCGUCUCAACACAUUGACGUGCCACGGAAAAGAGGACGUGCCAACAACAACUACAAGACUGCCAAAAGUAAAGUAGCUACGACUCGAACAGCCCAUGAAGACGACGAUUUCCAGGAGCAGCCUAGAGUGCCACAAGGCAAUAAUAAGAUGCAACAGAAACGGCAUCGAACGAAUGCCAAAGGAAAAGGCAGAUUAGAAAACAAAGAAGAGCAACCGGAAGAAGAGGUGGCUGUAGUUCCAAAACUUAUGCUUUUUACAUCGAAACGUAAAGUGAACGGUGCACCUAGUACAACGGCGGAUAAAAAGCAACGAGAAGAAGAUCAGCGCAAAAAGCAGCAAGAGAUUGCAGAGCUAUCGUUUUCGAGUCAAAUCGAUGAAGAGGAUAGCAACGACGAAGAGGAAGAAAGCAAAGUAGAAUGUCCCUUCUGUCAUACCAAACUGUGUACGCGUAAAAAACUUCCCGAAAGUAUACGCUUAGCACUCAAGAUUGUCAAACGGAAGGACAAGAAAUACGUAAAGGAAGAGACGGAACGGAUAAAGCAACGCGCCAGCGCCAAGCAUCAACAGUUUCUUGAAAAGCGACUACAUGUACAACGCAAAGCAUCCAACAUGGAGCAAUACUCGUUCUGCCGAUUGCAUCGCGUCGAACUCGUGAUCAAACCCGACGGUGCGCGAAAAGAAUACCCUUUGGAUAUCGACUUUGACAGCCUCGAGGGCCGGAUACACGAAAUGAAGAAAGAGCUUGCAUUAGUGGUGAAUGGGAAGGUUGAGAGUCAAUUCCGCGAGUUAGCGCUUAAAUCCUAUGAAGAGGAUGGUGUUAAUAAAGCCAGAAGCACCAUGGCUGUCAUGUCACGAUUCGAUAAAACUUUGCCCGGAUACUACGGCUCAAAGGGUGCGGCAAUUAUUCUUGAAGUGCUGAACGCAAUGUUCCUCCACUCGGGCGAACUGACUGUAAAACAAACGCAACCACAGCUCCCACUCGAAUACGUACAACAAGUUCUGGUACCCGAAGCAGGUCUUCGGCUAAUCCUAAAAGACCUCCAGACAAAACAAAAAGAAAAGCAAAAGCAACAAAAACGACAAACGCAAAAAGGAGACCAGGACAUCAAAUCGCUCUUUGAGCGACAGAAGGAAGGCGGCGGUGACCCCUCUCCCGCGAACGAUGACAUUGUUGAUAUGGCUAAAGCGAUGCAAGUCAUGACCGAAAGUACAGAGUUUGGAUGUCUGGUUUAUCCGGCAAACACAGAAGACGUUGGAGAAUUUGCAGAGGAAAACUUUGUCGACCUCACCUCAAGUGAUGACGAGGAUGACGACUCGCUUCUUGAUAGCAGUAGUAGUAGCGAGGACGACAAGUGAUAAUUUAUUAGGGAGGAAGAUUAAAUAUAAGAUAGAUUCUUGUUGUGCAUUGAUAAUUUUGACA